AUGCCUCGUCUUCCCUCCACACGUCUGCCCAACUCGUUGACACCGGCCAGUUGCCGUGUGCUGACCAGGCCCGGCAAAAGUGUGAGGUCCGAGGGCAGACGAGACUGCUUUAAAUGGCAUCUCACCGCACGACCUGAGGGUUUGCAGUAUCCACCCUCGCCGUGGCCGCCGAUGAUGGACGGCCAAAGGCCCAAAGAUUUGUCUUGUCGAGAUCAACUUUCGGCUGGGCAAGGAAAAGCCUGUCUUGGCAACAAGAUGGAUAACGUUGAAAAUCGGGCGGACGAUGAGCAAAAGGCCACAAAAUUGUAA